AUGGCCACCCUCGCGCCACGGUCGCAUCUCCUCCUCGGCCUGACAAGGCCGCAGCAGCAGCAGCCUACAGCGCUUCGUGCCUGCGCCGCCUUCUCCCGCUCUCGCCACGCGCCACUCUCACCGCGGGCCGCGCAGCCGCGGCGCGUCUUCCUCGGCGUCGGCGCCACCUUCAUCGACCAGGUCACCCGCAUGGCCUCCGGCGGCACCUCGUCCCGCUCUUUUGUUGCCGGAGCGAGGCCGAGGCAAGGGGUUUCCCCAGUCGAGCAGAUUCUGAAGAAUGUGGAGUGGCCUGAUGAGUUCCCUUUCAAGCCUGAGGACUUCAGCCGCUUCGACAAAUCAUCAGAUACUCUGUUCUACUCAGUUCCACGUUUUGUCACUCACAUUGACGACGAAGCAAUCCGAGCUCUCACAGAUUACUACUCUGAAGUUCUUCCUCCAAGUAAUACUCCUGGGGUGGCCAUUCUGGACAUGUGCAGCAGCUGGGUGAGCCACUAUCCUCCCAGUUACAAACAGGAGAAGAUCGUAGGGAUGGGUAUGAAUGAAGAUGAACUAAAAAGGAAUUCGGUAUUGACUGAGUAUGUCGUGCAAGACCUCAAUGUGAACCCAAAGCUUCCUUUCGAAGAUAACAGUUUCGAUGUUAUCACCAAUGUGGUUAGUGUAGAUUACCUGACAAAACCAAUAGAUGUUUUUAAGGAGAUGCGACGAAUACUCAAGCCAAGCGGCCUUGCCAUAAUGAGCUUUUCAAAUCGGUGCUUUUGGACAAAAGCUAUAUCUAUAUGGACAUCAACUGGUGAUGCCGAUCAUGCUUGGAUAGUUGGAGCUUACUUCCAUUAUGCUGGAGGUUUUGAACCUCCCCAGGCAGUUGAUAUAUCUCCUAAUCCAGGACGAACUGACCCAAUUGCUAUCAAGAAACAAAUAAAGGGGAAAACAAGAAGAAGCAAGUUGCUUGGCCCUGAUCGCCUGUACUUGAUUGGUGAGCUGAUGCAGAUAUGGAUGCUAGUUUCACCAAAUUGCAAAUCUAACACAAAACUGCAAACCUAG